UCGCGCGCGGCUCCCCGGACCGGAAGUGGAGGCGAACUGUCGCGGGACGCGCCCGGCCUUGCUCAACGCCCGGCAGUCCCCGCCGUCGCCGCCGCCCUCGGCAGGUGCCGAGGCUUCCCGCAGCCGUCAUGUCCGCCAGCGCCGUCUACGUGCUGGACCUAAAGGGCAAGGUGCUCAUCUGCCGGAAUUACCGUGGCGACGUGGACAUGUCAGAGGUGGAGCACUUCAUGCCUAUCCUGAUGGAGAAGGAGGAGGAAGGGAUGCUGUCGCCCAUCCUGGCCCACGGGGGAGUCCGCUUCAUGUGGAUCAAGCACAACAAUCUGUAUCUGGUUGCCACGUCCAAGAAGAACGCCUGUGUGUCGCUGGUGUUCUCCUUCCUUUAUAAGGUGGUACAGGUGUUUUCAGAGUACUUCAAGGAGCUGGAGGAGGAGAGCAUCCGCGACAACUUUGUCAUCAUCUACGAGCUGCUGGACGAGCUCAUGGACUUCGGCUACCCCCAGACCACCGACAGCAAGAUCCUGCAGGAGUACAUCACUCAGGAAGGCCACAAGCUGGAAACGGGGGCCCCAAGGCCUCCAGCCACCGUCACCAAUGCAGUGUCCUGGCGGUCCGAGGGCAUCAAGUACCGGAAGAACGAGGUGUUCUUGGACGUCAUCGAGUCCGUCAACCUCUUGGUCAGUGCCAAUGGCAAUGUGCUGCGCAGCGAGAUCGUGGGCUCUAUCAAGAUGCGGGUCUUCCUGUCAGGCAUGCCCGAGCUGCGCCUGGGCCUCAAUGACAAGGUCCUCUUCGACAACACAGGCCGUGGCAAAAGCAAGUCCGUGGAGCUGGAGGACGUGAAGUUCCACCAGUGUGUGCGACUCUCGCGCUUCGAGAACGACCGCACCAUCUCCUUCAUCCCUCCAGAUGGCGAGUUUGAGCUCAUGUCCUACCGCCUCAACACCCACGUGAAGCCCUUGAUAUGGAUCGAGUCCGUGAUUGAAAAGCAUUCCCACAGCCGCAUCGAGUACAUGAUCAAGGCCAAGAGCCAGUUCAAGCGGCGGUCAACGGCCAACAACGUAGAGAUCCACAUCCCCGUGCCCAACGAUGCCGACUCCCCCAAGUUCAAGACAACGGUGGGGAGUGUCAAGUGGGUCCCCGAGAACAGUGAGAUCGUGUGGUCCAUCAAAUCCUUCCCGGGGGGCAAGGAGUACCUGAUGCGGGCCCACUUCGGCCUGCCCAGCGUGGAAGCGGAGGACAAGGAGGGCAAGCCCCCGAUCAGCGUCAAGUUUGAGAUCCCCUACUUCACUACCUCUGGCAUCCAGGUGCGCUACCUGAAGAUCAUCGAGAAGAGCGGCUACCAGGCUCUGCCGUGGGUCCGCUACAUCACUCAGAACGGAGAUUACCAGCUCCGGACCCAGUAAGGGGCCAUGCAGCCAGCGCCCCCGGCCCCGGCGCUGGGGCUCCUGGCGGAAGCACCAGGAGGAAGCACCUGCCAAGCCUGCUGGAUGGAGGAGGGGCACCCCUGGCCACAGGCCACCCUCCCGGCUCCUCCCGGGGACCCCUCCUUUUCCAGGCACACCUGCUCUGCCGUUGCCACUCUCAUCUCUGGGUCCCUUCUCCCGGAAGAAGCUCAUCUUCGAGAAGUCUUGUCUCUGCCCCCUGAGUCCGUUUGAGGGGAAGGAAACAAAAUCUUUCCCUCUAGAGAUCAAAUACAGCCUUCUGUGCUGGUGAGCUCCCAGGCACCACAAAGAGGGGAAGUGCUCACCCGGCCGCUGGCCGCACACGGCCUCUGGCCAGGCUGGCCAGGCUGCCGUUUGGUUGCCAUUCUGUUGAAUGUUGUAGGUUCAUGAGUGUUCCUAAUUUCUGUCUCGUUCGUUCCUUGUUGUUCACGUGAACCUCACUGUCCGCACCUCCCACCCCUUGUCCUGAAGCUCUCGGGCAGCACUUCGUGAGGGCAGAGUGCCCUCCUCCUCAGCAAGGCCCACAUGACACUGGGUUCCCUCCUGCGUCUGGCCCAACUCUGGCCCGCGCCUCUCGGCGGAGGCUCAUUGCCUCUUGCCCGAGGCUUCAGCGGAGGGGCCUUCCCAGGGUCCACCGUGCCAUGUGAGGCCGUAACUCAGCCACAUCAGUGUUUGUCCCCCCAGGGAAGUGGUGUCCAGUGAGGACUGCUGGCCUCGGAGGGUUGGGGGCACAGGUCAUCCACAUCUGUGCUUGGUCACCCACCACCACCCUGCCUGUGUUCGUGUCACGAUUACAUUAAAGUCCAUUAUGGAAACACGCUGCCUGCCUUCCCUCAGACGGAGCAUGGGGCUGACUCCUGGGCGAGCAGGGCGGGGGCGGGGCUCCCAUCACCCCCCGCCCCCCGCCAGUCUUCCUCAGUGUGCUCCUCAGAGCAGCGGCGUCCGUGUCCCCUUUGAGCUCAUUUGGAACGCACAUCCACAGAUCCACCCUGACCUGCCGAGGCAGACUUCACAGGCUCCACGGAUUCACAUGUGCGCUGGAGUUUGAGAACCGCUGCCUGGUCCACAGAGGGGACCGUGGGGGGCGCACAGGCAGGAAGCACCCUGUCUUCCCACAGCGGGCACCUGCCUCACACCCCCCCCAACGUCUGUGCCGCUGGCCCUGCCUGGAUCACCCCCUCUUCCUUCAAGGGCUGUGCUCCCCUGGCCCUCUCCCAUAUCACCCAGCUCCCCCUUGGAGGACUGGUGGGCAUCAGCCCAAGUAGGAGCUUGGCCUUUCAGCUGCAUUAAGUUAAGGAUACCACCCUGGCCCAGGGCUCAGGCCAGAGCUGCUGGAGGUACCCUUGAUGCCCCCUCCCUCACUGCCCACACCCACAUCCACAGCCUGACCUCCCUCCAGAAGAGACCAUGGGUCCAAUAGCAUUUCCCAUCCUCACUGCCACCCCUGGAGGCCAAGCUGCAGCCUCCAGAGCCCCUGUGGGACAGACAGGUCAUCCGCAGUAUAGAGGGGGGGCCUCUGUUCCCAGCAACGCUUAGGACACAGUUGCCUGCAAGCCCUCCCGCUAUUAGCGCAUGUGUAUGUGAUGUUUAAUUUAGUAUAUGUAAGAGACAGACUGAGAAUGGGGCUAAGCAUCCAUCUCAAGAAGUCAGAAAAAAAAAAAAAAACGAAGCCUAAGAGCAUAGAAAGAAGGAAAAAACAGCAGACACGAAGGAAAUAGAAAACAAACAUUCAAUGAAAAGCAGAACCACAAGUUGGUGCUUGUAAAAGAUGAAUGGAGUUCAAAAGCUGCUAGGAAGUUGAAUCAAGAUGAAAAGAAGGCACAGGUCGCUGUCACCGGGAAUGAAAGAUUACUACAGCUUUUCGAACACGAAAGAGGUUACAGCAGGACAGCCACCACCUCACAGGGCAUGCAGGCCGCCCUGUGCCCCCAGAGCUCCAGCCACCUGGGGGAGGGCUGUCCUUGUCUAAGCCACCCAAAAAUCCCGAAGGGGGAGAGGGAUGCUGGGAGCGACUUUGUGCCAGCAUCCUUGAAAAUGUUAACUAUCAUGGGUAAAUUCCUAGAGAACAAAACCUGACUCAAAAAGAGAAAAAAACCUGAGUAGUCUAUGGCUACUAAAGAACCAGAACUGGUCAGAGCCCCGGGUCCAGAGGGCUUUAUUAGGAGAGCUCUACCCAGCACUCAAGGGGAAAAAAGAGAAUUGAACAAACACUCCUGGAGAGUAGAAAAAUAGGAAACAUUUCCUCACUCAUUUUAUGAGACCAGCAUUUCCUCGAAACAAUAUGAAACAGGAAAAUUAUAGACUAAUCUCACUGAUGGCCAUAGAUGUGAAGAUCCUAAAUAAAAUUGGAGGGGAAUUGGCGAUGUAUACAAAGGACAUAACCUUGUGUCUAAGGUUAAAUCUUAGGCAAAAUGGUUUAAUGCUGGAAAAUGCAUUAAUCGAAUCCACUGCCUUAAAAAGAAUAAGGAAGGAAAACAUUCAUGAUCGGUUCAAUAGGUGCAGGUAAAGGGUUUGAUAAAAUUAAACAUACAUGAUCAAAAAGAAUAACACAUGCCAACUCCAAACUAUUGACAAUGGUACCCCCCCAAAAUGAAGUACCUGGGAUUAAAUAAAAAAAUACACAAGGCUCUCGAGGAACUUUAUGGAGGGCGUUCAGGGAAGACCUAAAGGGGGGGGGGGGCACAUCCUGGUUAUAGAAUGGACAUCUGUAUCAAAGAUGCCAACAUUCCCUGUGGUCGGCAGAGUAACAGGCUCCCCCCCCGCAAAGAUGUCUGCAGUCCCCAGAACCUGUGAAUAUGUUAAAUUGCAUGGCAAAGGGGAUUAAAUUUGCAGAUGGAAUUAGGAUUGCUAAUCGGCUGACCAUAUUGGGGAGGUUACCCUGAACCAUCUGGUGGGUCCAGUGUAAUCACAACGGUCCUUAAUAGCAGAAGAAGGGGACAGAAGAGGGAGAAACAGAAAGCGGUGGUGUGGGAGGGACCCGGUCUGUGGUGGUUGGCUGUGAGGGUGGAGGAAGGCAUGGGCCAAGGAUGCAGGCCGCCUCCAGAAGCUGGAAAAGGAUGAGACAAAUUCUCACCAGAGUCUCCAACAGGAAACAGCCCCGCUGACACCGUGGCUUUAGCCCCGUGAGACCCUUUCAGACCUCCGACCCCCAGGAUUUAAGUUAAUAAAUCUGUGUCAUUUUAUGUUUGUGAUAAUCUGUUACAGCAGCAAUAGGAAACGAAUAGACUUCAAAACUAUGUAUAGGUUGAAGGCAUUCCCCUUCAAAAUCCCAGUCAGGUUUUUGUGGAACUUGAUAAGCAAAUUCUAAAAUUUACAUGGAAGGUCAGAGCCAAGAAUAAGAAUCUUGAAGAAUAAAAUGGGGCACCUGGGUGGCUCAGUCGGUUAAGCGUCGGACUCUUGAUUUCGGCUCAGGUCAUGAUCUCAGUGUCGUAAAAUCGAGCCCUGUGUCGGGCUCUGCAUUCAUCAGGGAGUCUGCUCGAGAUUCUCUCUCCCUCUCCCUCUGCCCUUUACCCCGCUUGCGCGCGCUCUCUCUCUCUCUCUCAAAGAAAGGGAUGACCUAUUUGAUUGGGCAUCAAGGCCUACUUCAUCAAUAGUAAUUAAGACACAUACAGUGUGGGCGCCUGGGUGGCUCAGUUGGUUAAGUGACUGCCUUCGGCUCAGGUCAUGAUCCUGGAGUCCCUGGAUCGAGUCCCGCAUCGGGCUCCCUGCUCGGCAGGGAGUCUGCUUCUCCCUCUGACCCUCCCCCCUCUCAUGUGCUUGCUCUCUCUCUUUCUCUCUCUCUCAAAUAAAUAAAAUCUUUAAAAAAAAAAAAAA